CACGCACGCACACACACAGGCGCCGCAUCCUCUUGCACAGUCUCAGUCUCCAUGCGUGGCGCAGCAUCAAAUGCCUGAGAGGAUUUUUACUCGGCUCUCUGUCACAUCUUGACUUGAUCUGAGCUUCAACACGGAUCAGAUGAACCCAAGCACCUCUGAUGACACCUGCGGCUGUUUCUCCACAUUCGGUGUCAGUAACUCCUCAUGUAGAAGAACCGUGAGGAAAUCGUCUUUUUGAAUGGCCUCAUUAUAAUCACAGCUCAAGGAUUUCUGAGCAUCAGAAACUUUGUAAAAACCACAAACUACAAGGGUUUGACAUUUCUUUCUCUGCAUUCCUGUGAUAUUUCAGAACAUUUGGGUUUCUGUUUUGUUUCUCAAAUCCGCCGUGGUAAUUCGUUAUAUGGCCCAGAUGAGUUUUCUCAUAUGCAGCACUGUCUGGUUUCUCACUGCCCAUCUCCUGCGAGACAACAUGAGCUGCUGGGGACUGAAAUCUGCUGACAGGACCCCUGACCGACCCCACAGUGACCCCAAAUAUUCAUGGGAUGCCCUGCAAAGACAGAAACGAAACUGGGUUUGGAAUCAGUUCUUUGUGCUUGAGGAAUACACAGGGACUGAUCCUCUGUAUGUUGGCAAGCUGCAUUCAGAUGUGGAUAAGAGUGAUGGAAAUGUCAAGUACGUGUUGACUGGAGAUGGGGCAUCUUCUAUCUUCACUAUCGAUGAGAAAACCGGGGACAUCCAUGCCACCAAACGCCUGGACCGAGAGGAACAGGGUUAUUAUACUCUGCGUGCUCAAGCGGUCGACAGCAAAACCAGUGCUCCGGUGGAGGACGAGUCUGAAUUUAUUGUGAAGGUCCAGGACAUCAAUGACAAUGAGCCCAAGUUUCUGGACGGGCCAUACACUGCAGAGGUGCCUGAGAUGUCUCCUCUUGGCACCAUGGUGGUUCAGGUGACAGCGACAGAUGCAGAUGACCCCACCUAUGGCAAUAGCGCCAGAGUUGUCUACAGCAUCAUACAUGGACAGCCUUACUUCUCUGUGGAACCCAAGACAGGCAUCAUACGGACAGCCCUGCCCAACAUGGACAGAGAGACGCGUAACCAGUAUGUGCUGAUCAUUCAGGCCAAGGACAUGGUGGGUCAGAUGGGUGGCCUGUCAGGUACCACCUCUGUGACAGUCACGCUCACUGAUGUCAACGAUAACCCUCCAUGCUUCUCUCGUAAAUCAUAUCAGUACUCAGUGCUGGAAUCUCUGCCUGUAGCAUCAGUGGUGGCCAAACUGAAAGCCGUGGAUGCUGAUAUCGACUCCAAUGCAGAGAUGGACUACCAUAUAAUAGAUGGAGAUGCACCCGGUGUGUUCAACAUCACCACAGAUGAAGACACACAAGAGGGAGUCAUCUUUCUACAGAGGCCUUUGGACUAUGAAACCAAAAGCAGUUUUUCUCUGAAGAUUGAAGCUACUAAUCGGAAUAUUGACCCUCAGUUUCUGACUUUUGGCCCCUUCAGUGAUACAGCAGCUGUAAAUGUUAUUGUAGAGGAUGUGAAUGAGCCGCCAGUAUUUUCCCCCCUGAUCAGAAAGAUGAUGGUUUCUGAGGCAGCGAGGGUCGGCACAGUCGUUGGUACGGUUUCAGCCUCUGAUCCAGACUCAUCCAGCAGUGCAAUCAGGUACUCCAUAGACCGAAACACAGAUAUGGAACGCUUCUUCAAUGUGGAUGCACUGACUGGUGUCAUCAGCACAGCCAAAGCCCUCGACAGAGAAUUCAAUUCAUUCCACAAUAUCACCAUAUUGGCCACCGAGAACCGGGACCCAUCUCAAGUUGGCAGAGGAAUCGCUCUAAUCCGAGUCAUGGACAUUAACGACAAUGCUCCAGUGUUUGCUAUUGAAUAUGAGACCCACUUAUGUGAAAAUGCAGCACCUGGACAGGUCAUUCAAACGAUCAGUGCUGUGGAUAAAGACGAGCCUCUCAGCGGCCAUCGUUUCUAUUUUUCUCUCGCUAUCUCUGCUUCCAAUGAUAACAACUUCACCCUCAGAGAUAAUAAAGAUAACACUGCAUCAGUGUUGACGAAGCACGCUGAUUUCCGCCGACAAGACCAGUCGCUGUACCUGUUACCAGUGUUGAUUGUGGACAGUGGCAGUCCCGCCUUGAGCAGCACUAACACUCUUUCCGUGAGAGUGUGUGACUGUGAUGUGGACGGCAUUCCUCAGGCAUGUGGCACCAUUGCUUUCUCUCUUCCUGAGGGUCUCAGCACUGGAGCUCUGCUUGCUAUAAUGGGCUGCAUCAUCACACUUCUGGUUCUGAUGCUGUUGAUCAUGGCAAUGCUACGCAGACGAAAAGCACCUCUUUUCCUCGAGGAUGAGCGUGAUGUGAGGGAAAAUAUUGUUCGUUAUGAUGAUGAAGGAGGAGGUGAAGAAGAUACAGAAGCUUUCGAUAUGGUCACCCUGCGUAAUCUCAAUAUCAUACGUGAUUCAAAGAUCCAGGAUACCAGUCAAGAAACAGCCUCAGUCUACCCAUACUCAGCUUCUGCUAUCUCCAGGACAUCUUAUAAAACACUUCCUGACAACAUUUUCUUUCAAGAGUUUAUCUGGGACAGGCUAAAAGUAACUGAUGUGGAUCCCUCAGCACCUCCGUAUGAUUCACUGCAGACUUACGCGUUUGAGGGAAAUGGCUCCAUAGCAGAGUCUCUAAGCACGCUGGAAUUGCCAAGUUCAGAAUCAGAGCAGAGUUAUGACUACCUCAGCAACUGGGGACCACGCUUCAAAAAACUGGCAGACCUGUAUGGCAAUUUUGAAGGAAGCAAUAUUUCUCCUAGCCUUUCCUAUCACGGAGAACUUUGGCCUAUAAACAUUUGAGAACACAACAAUUGUUGUUGUUCUAAAUAUGUUAAGGCAAGUUGUAAGGUCUGCAUAGCUUCAUCAGAUUAUCAUAGUAACACCAAUGAAACAAAAUCACGGUAAAAAUAGUUUUUUUGAUAGGUAUACUGCAGGUUCCUCAGAUCUUGCAACUGCCCUGCAGAAUUUAGCUCCAACCUUAAUCAAAAUCAACUGAACAAGUCUAUUUAGGUCUUCGAUGCUAAACACUCUAUCUGAUCUAAAAACCAAACAACAAACAGUGUUAAUAUAGUGCUACUGAAAAUAAUAAUACUAAUCUUUAUAUGCAAAACAAAAUAUCAGUUGGACAGACAGUGAUCCAUCUUUUCAGAAAUGUGUCUGGGAAUAGGGGUGUGUACGGGAGCCAAUAACUGUCUGUAGCAUUCUGAAAAUUAUUUUUAUAUGAAUUUAUAUUGCAAAAAAAAAAAAAAAAAAAUGUAAGUGUAAAUAUUUCCUCAUUAAAGAAAUAAUACUAAUUUUUAAAUUCAUGGAAAAUUUAUUUAUUUAUUUUCAGAAUUUGUAUACAUAGUUUGUAUAUCAUGACAAUCAUCCACAGUCUCACAUCUGCUUGCUGGCUUUGGGAAAGAAUGAGACAGAGUCCCAUUGGGUAUUAUAUUGUUCAAGAUUUAAAAACAUUUAAAAGGAGAGUAAAUAGUAAAAAUGUGUAUUCAUAUUAGUUGAUAUCGCUCUGAACAUAGCUCUAAUUUCUGAGACACACACAGAGACAGCAACACAGUUAUUUGAUUUGCAUUUAUUAUUUCAUUCAUAGAGUUUGCACUCAUUCACUUGAUACACUCAUUAUUGCAUAGUGAUUUCAGAGGUUUAUGUAAAUAUUGUGCUUUCCCUGGCUCACCUUCUGUCCAGAAAAAAUGAGGAGUUAUCUCAGCUGAAUAUUUUAGAAUUCAAUUUUUGGUGUUUUGAAGCCAUUAUCUGUAUCUUUACAAAUACAGUAUUCAGAUUUGGGCAUAUGCCAAUCCAGGACACUGCAAAACUGGCCACUGUAACACACCAUUACAAGUGAUCAUAAAUGGCCAUUGAGAUUAUAUUCACAGCUGAAACUGAGGGGAGGCUUGGAAAAGUAAACAGAAUGCAAUACCUCAUGAAUUAACAAGCAAGUUAAUUAUGGUUAAGGACUUAAAGAAAAUUAUUUAUAGUUGAGUUUGAUGAGGGUUUAAGCUAAUCUCUGCAGUGUGUGGACCUCCAGGGAUGCCGUUGAGGAAACCUGGUGCACUGUAUUUAGGCCAAUGGAUACAUUUAGGAUAUAUUUAUAAUUAAGUGAACAAGACUACCUGUAGUUUUCAGCACAUCUAUUUCUUAUAAUUCUGCCUGGUCAAAGGUCAAAUAUUUCUAGAUCUAGUUUGUUUACUUAAAUUUGUUUUUGAGACUUUGAGAAAUAUCUAUUGAAGGUUUUCUUUUGUAAAAAUCUGUUUGUCAGUGUUUAUUUAUAGAUUUUAACAUUCACAUGUUGUGACGUGCAGUUUCAGUCUAGUUCAAAAACUGUUUACAGCAAUGGACCUUGUGUGUGCAGACAUUUUUAUUAUUAUUAAUUAUAAUGCUUAAACAUGUUUUAGGAGUAUACGUGUCAUGCUCUGGUGCACUCAAUACACUCACAAAGAUGAAGGUUAAAUUAUCUUUAAUAUUCCACACAGAAGGUAAAUCCACAAGAGGAAGGCUUAGUGCACAUCAAAACAUAGACAAGAUCUGACCAACACUAACUGAACAGACAAAUUGGUAUCUUUUGCUGGGCCACGAAGAAAUAUAGAGCUGAGAAUCAUCAGCAUAACAGUGAACAGUGCUUACACCAUGUUUCCUGAUGAUAUCUCCCAGGGGUAACAUGUAAAGCGUGCAGUGUAACAGCCCUAGUACUGAGCCUUGAGGUACUCCAUACUGCAUUUGUGAUCGAUAUGAUAUCUCUUCACUGCUACAAAUUAAUGGCAGUCCUAUAGACAUGAUUUGAACCAUUCUAAUGCACUUCCAUUAAUGCCAACAAAGUGUUCUAGUGUAUUCAAAAGAAUGUUGUGGUCGAUAGUGUUGAACGCAGCGCUAAGAUGCAAUAUCAAUAAUAGAGAGAAACAACCACAAUCAGAUGAUAAGACCAGGUCAUUUGUAACUCUAAUUAGAGCAGUCUCAGUACUAUGCUAAAUCUGAAUCCUGACUGGAAAUCCUCAAAAAUACAAUUUUUCUCCAAGAAGGAAUAUAAUUGUAAGGAUUCUACUUUUUCUAGUAUUUUGUAUGGAAAGGGGAGAUUUGAGAUUGGUUUGUAAUUAGCUAGUUCUUUGGGGUCAAGUUGUGUUUUUUUUUUUUUUUUUUUUUGAUGAGAGGCUUGUCAACACUUUUUGUGCUUUAUUUUUCAUUAUUUUGGCCAUUGUAUUGAACAAAUACCUGGGGUUAUGUUUGUUUUCUUCUAAAAGAGGUGGAAAGCAAUCAGAUCUAACAGGUUUUAAUGCUUUUCUGUAGGAUAGGUUACUCCAUCUUUCACAGAUGGAGUUUUGGUUUCUUGCCGCUGUUGCCUCUGGCUUGCUUAGUUGGGGAGACUUAAUAUCCAGUGAUAUCAUCCACUUGAUAGCACCGAUACUAUUUAAACUGAACUGAGCUGGAUGAUGACAUUCAAUGAUGAACUUGACUUUAACUGAAAAUUAAGUGUUUACUAUUGUCAUAUUUGCAUUAUUGACACACUGUUUUCCUGUUUAAUACUGU